GCUGAUGCAAGAGCCUAGCGCGGUGCUGUGAGAGGUGUUGGUGGGAGCUUCGUUGACUCCGGGCUGUGAAGCCGACCGGUCUGACUUUCCAUCCCUGUCGAACCUGCUCGAACUACAGCCAUGUCCGGGGACGAGAUGAUUUUUGAUCCUACUAUGAGCAAAAAGAAAAAGAAGAAGAAGAAGCCUUUUAUGUUAGAUGAAGAAGGUGAUGCCCAGACAGAAGAAACCCAGCCCUCAGAGACAAAAGAAGUGGAGCCAGAACCAACUGAAGAAAAAGAUGUGGAAGCUGACGAAGAAGACAGUAGGAAAAAAGAUGCUUCUGAUGACUUAGAUGACUUGAACUUCUUUAAUCAAAAGAAAAAGAAGAAAAAGACAAAAAAGAUAUUUGAUAUAGAUGAAGCUGAAGAAGCUAUAAAGGAUGUUAAGAUUGAAAGUGAUGCUCAAGAGCCAGCUGAGCCAGAGGAUGACCUUGAUAUUAUGCUUGGCAAUAAAAAGAAGAAAAAGAAGAAUGUUAAAUUCCCAGAAGAAGAUGAAAUACUAGAAAAAGAUGAAGCUUUAGAAGAUGAAGACAGCAAAAAAGAUGAUGGCAUUUCAUUCAGUAACCAAACUGGGCCUGCUUGGGCAGGCUCAGAAAGAGACUAUACAUAUGAAGAGUUGCUCAACCGAGUUUUCAACAUCAUGAGAGAAAAGAAUCCAGAUAUGGUUGCUGGAGAGAAGAGGAAAUUUGUUAUGAAACCUCCACAGGUUGUCCGAGUAGGAACCAAGAAAACUUCUUUUGUUAAUUUUACAGAUAUCUGUAAACUAUUACAUCGUCAACCCAAACAUCUCCUUGCAUUUUUAUUGGCAGAAUUGGGUACAAGGUAAGAACAUGUAUGUAAAACGAGUAC